CAACAGUAGUGUGCAUCUCACAACGCCCUAUUACGACCAUGGCAGGUUGGCCAUGUUUCGCAAGCCUCGAGACUCUACAUCGAUCGAGGUAGGACGUCCUCCGUCGCCCACAACAGAGGCCAAGACACCGUUCAGUCUUGCGGUGCCUCCCACCAUCCCGCCACCCAAGAUGGCGACCCGAACCAAGGCGAGUAAGCAGCUGCCGCUGCCCACGAUUGGACGGCAAGGCCCAAGCAGUUCGAAGAAGCCGACCACUCCCAGGAACAAACUCACCAGCAAGGGCAACGGCAGUAUUCUCAGCUUCUUCAAGAAGUCCGACGAAGGUGGCGUUGCGCAACCCGGCCUGUUCGUCGAUGGAAGACUGUCUGCGGCGGGCUCAUUUGCAGCCAUUGACGAAGAUGCUGCCGAGCUCUUCACUUCAGAUGACACUUUCGACACCGAGCGCUUCAACGAAAUCGGGGGGCCAUCUAAGCGGCGGAAGAGGAGCAGCGAAGAGACGGAUAAUCGACCUGACAAGAAAGCACCUCAACAACUGGACUCGGACACCAAGGCCGUCGUGAGGAAAAUUGGCCCAUUCUGCGAAGAUUCGGAUAGCGAGCAGGAGGAAGAAGGGUCUGCCGCAACGACAGACCUCGAGAAUAUCUCGCAUGGAGAAUCUAGGGCCAUACCAGUUCUCGAGGCGAAAGAGGCUUCGGCGAAGGUUCCAGUCACUGCAGCUGCAGCAAGCGAUGCUCAAUCACCGCCCGAAUUAAUCAAGGAAGAGACGAGCUACGAGCCAGGUAUGGACGAGUUCGAGGAGUUUGGAGACGACGAUUUUGACGAGGACCAGUUCGAGGAGGGUGACGAGUUCCGCGAGCGUCGCUACAUGGAAGAGCAGGCUAGACUGGAAGAGGAGGAGGCAGAGGACGAGAAAGACUAUGACCGGCCAACGGACGAUGGCAACGUUAAAUUAGAGAGCAUGGAGGGUCAGGUCACCACGCUUUGUCCAGUUUGUAAUUUGUGCCUCGAUGGUGUCACCGAGCGAGACGCAGGCGUGCAUGUCAACAACUGCUUGGAUGGAAAGCCCACACCACUGCCUGAGAAGCCCAAAAAGCAAGGCUGUGCCACACCUGGGCCCAUGAAGUCCGAAGACUCAAGCUCUGCCGGCCAAUAUCGACGUCCAGCUCGGCCAGCUCGACCAGGUCAAGCGAAUCCGUUCAAUCUCGGCGAUCCAGCAGUACAGCAUGGAGGUGGAUCAGCGUUCAACAAGCUCAUGUCCGGACACACAGAGGAGGCUGCAUGGGCUGAGGCUGCUGCAUCGGAGCAUGCUGCCCGAGGCAAACCCUCCUAUCAACGUACCUGUCCAUUCUACAAAAUCUUACCUGGUCUUUUCAUCUGCGUCGAUGCCUUUCGAUACGGGGCUGUCAAAGGCUGUCAGGCGUAUUUUCUCAGCCAUUUCCACAGUGAUCACUACGUGGGACUCACAUCCACCUGGACUCACGGCCCCAUUUAUUGCUCAAAGGUCACCGCCAAUCUCGUCAAGCAGCAACUUAGGGUUGAUCCCAAAUACGUUGUUCCUUUAGAGUUUGAGCGACAGAUCGAUGUUCCAGGCACGCGUGGCGUUAAAGUCACUAUGAUCUCCGCGAACCACUGUCCUGGCAGUUCGCUCUACUUGUUUGAGAAAACUGUAGGCAUCAAGCAAAAUGGAGAGCCUCGAGUGCAACGGAUAUUGCACUGUGGCGACUUCCGGGCAUGCAAAAUGCACGUCGAACAUCCCCUGCUAAUGCCAGAAGUUGUCGACAAGGUCAGUGGAAACACAAAAGAACAGAAGAUCGACGUCUGCUAUCUCGAUACCACAUACCUCAACCCAAAGUAUGCGUUUCCCGGCCAGGAAGACGUCAUCAAAGCGUGCGCGGAUAUGUGUGUCUGCCUCAGCAAGGACACGGCGGAUGAUGAAGAUGGCUGGGAGACAAUGAAGCGGCAACGCGCAGGUGAAGGGAUGGCAAAAUUUAUACAGCGCGAAGCAUCUGUCAUCGCAGCUAGUGAAGAAGUCACAGACGCGACGAGUGGCGACAGCAUGACUGUUGAGAAGAACCCACAUGCCAGCCAACAGAUCCUCUCUAGCGCUAAAGACAAGAAGUCCAGGGGCCGGCUGUUGGUGGUUGUGGGCACCUAUAGCAUCGGCAAGGAACGCAUAUGUCUGGGCAUAGCCAAAGCACUAAACUCCAAGAUCUAUGCUCCACCUUCGAAACAGCGCAUCGCGGCGGCUCUGGAAGAUCCAGAGUUGGACGCCCUGAUGACGAACAACCCCAAAGAAGCGCAGGUGCAUAUGACACCUUUAUUCGAGAUCCGGGCAGAGACACUAGACGAUUACCUUAAAGACUUCUGGCCACACUUUACUCGCGCCGUAGGCUUUCGACCCAGUGGCUGGAACUACAAACCUCCAAAAAGUCGCCUCACGGAAAGCCCGCUGGUUUCCACGGUACUACAUUCGGAGAACUGGAGAAGUACAUAUAGCAUGCGGGAUCUGGUGCCACAGCGCGGCAGCUCGAGCAGAGCAAGUUGUUUUGGUGUUCCAUACAGUGAACAUUCCAGCUUCAGAGAGCUCACCAUGUUCUGUUGUGCAUUACGAAUCGACAAGAUCAUUCCCACCGUCAACGUCGGGAGUGCAAAGAGUCGCGAGAGGAUGAAAGCGUGGUGCGAUCGAUGGGCUGCGGAGAGACGGAAGAAUGGUCUUUACAAGAUUCCUGAUGACGGUAAAUGGUAGAUCAGUGUAAAAGCAGAAGAGAUUUGCGCCUAUCCUUUCAAACGC